UCUUGACGGUCGCAUGAUACUGACGCGUGAGUGAUUUUUGUACGAUAAAGUUUUACUGAUUUUACGAAAUAUGCCCGGGGGUGUCGUAUUUUUGGUCUGCAUUCCUACUCUGAACUAUGAGCACGAACUUGUAUUCGGUGUACCACUGAAACGAUCCAAGAAAAUCGAAAAGAACAAAAAUAAAAUUGUAGCAUCGCCAAAGGUGGAUCUGCGUCUGAAAGAAGCGAAAACACGCGCGCAAUUGCUUCCAAUCGACGACGAUUGCGGCCACGUUGAUGAUGCCGAUGAUGAUGACGAUGAUGAUCUUGGCAUUGGCUCCAGGAAGCGUAUUCACGGAUAUCCCGCGCGAUCGAAAACACCAGUUUUCGUGUCUAUGGAAACGGUGCUGGGAGAGUUGCUCAAAAAGCUGAAAGUAGAACACGUUGUAUGGUGCAAGGAUAAAGAGGAUAUGUAUUAUGAGGUGAUAUUUCCGGUUCCCGCUGGUGAACCCUGCGAAAAUUGCAUACAUUGCCUCACCGAGAUGGGUAUCGGUGUUAAAAUGAACUCAAUAGUAAGCGUAAUCCCGACGCAAUGUACGUAUAGUGGUAUGAGUAUUGCAGGAUUGCCGGCUGUCACGGAUGAUGUCAGACGAAAGGAAUCGGAAGAUCGUAAGAAUGCUUGGGACGCUUUUGUAGAGUCUAUUAGAUCGAAAUUGACAGUGAAACAGGUGGUCGAUGGUGUUCGCAGCGGCGGUGAUCUUACCUUCGAUUAUGUACUAUUGGUAUUAACUGCGGACUGUCUUGCUGCACUCGGUCUAGUUGAGAAUAAUGCACCUAACGUCACUGCAGCUAUGCUAGUUUCUCCUCUCAUGGGACCUGUAAUGUCGCUAACUUUUGGUACUAUCAUAGCCGAUAGAAAUCUGCAGAUGGUUGGCCUAAAGAGUUUGAUGCUCGGUAUUUUCCUAUCAAUACUCUUUGGCUUCAUAUUCGGUCUUAUCCUCGGUACAACCGAGAUGCCUUGGGGCUACAAUGAUUGGCCAACUGAUGAAAUGAAGGGUAGAGGCAACUACAGGUCGCUUUGGAUGGGCGUUCUUUGGGCUCUUCCAUCUGGCACAGGUGUCGCAGUUGCCCUGCUGCAAGGUAGUAAUGGGCCAUUAAUUGGUGUCGCCAUAUCGGCUUCAUUAUUGCCACCAGUUGUUAACUGCGGUUUAUUUUGGGCUCUGGGAUGCAUAUGGCUCAUAUAUCGUCCUGUAAAAAUUCCCCAUAUGAAAGGCGAAUCUUACACGGAUUUUAAUAGUUCGUACACGUACAUCUACAGCGAUUACUUGCCCGUAGAAUUCUUUUGCAACGGCAUUAUCAGCGCGUGUCUGACAUUUAUCAAUGUAAUAUGCAUCUUUAUUACGGCGAUAAUAGUCUUAAAGAUUAAAGAAGUAGCUGCACCAUACACAUCUACACCGGAAUUGCGUCGGUUUUGGGAGCGUGACAUCCGUUUGGUUCGCGAUAAAAAUAUUUCUAGAGAUAACAGUUCUCUGGAUUCAAGUUUCUACGAUGGAUUGAGCAAAACUAAACAACGAGCAUUGGAACGCACAUUAAACGAAGCGGUCAGAGAAGCGAUGAAUGACGAAACUUUCCGAAAAGUACAAAGGCUUAGUUAUGGACAACACGGACCGGAAGAAAUUGGAUCACGAUUUGGUCUUCAUAAUCGUGGAACCGCUAAUAGAGAUAACGUGAAGGGAAGCGACAGUGUUGAGGAAAUAAUAGGGAAAGAUCUACACAAAGGUUUAACGAAUUCUGGUAAUACGAGCGAAGACUUGGCUGCAUUGGAUCGUUUGAUAACAUAUCUUCUAAGCCCGAAUCCUACUAAUAGCAACUUAGAUUCAUGGAGACGUUCUCAUCGAGCUAGUGCACGAGGAUAUAGACAAUUACGUGGCACUACCGCCGAUAUCGCUGAAACUGGAGGAGUUGGUACAACGCCUCUUUGAAUACAAGUAAAUAUCAAAAUAAAACCUUUUGAAAAAAUAAUAAUAUAACGGAUUUUGGAAAAUGGAAAGCGAUAAAUUCU